GUCACCCAACCCAUUUCACCGCCCUCUUCUCUCCAACCCCCCUCUCUCGCUCCUCUCUAUAGAUCUCCCUCUCCUCCUCUCGCUCCCGUGAUCUCCUCCGAUCUCCGCCUCACCGGAGCUCCGCCACCGCUCUCCGCCCAUCCCAGAUCUCUAAUCCCAGAUCUAGGGCUUGUUGGUUGAGAUCUCAGGCAUGGAGAAGCCUUGCACGCUCUUGGUUCACUUCGAUAAGGCCUCCCCGGCCUUGGCCAACGAGAUCAAGGAAGCCCUUGAGGGGAAUGAUGUUGAGGCCAAGGUUGAAGCCAUGAAGAAGGCCAUCAUGCUUCUCUUGAAUGGUGAGACUCUUCCCCAGCUCUUCAUCACCAUUAUCCGCUAUGUCCUCCCUUCCGAGGAUCACACCAUUCAGAAGCUCCUGCUUCACUAUCUCGAGAUCAUUGACAAGACGGAUCAGAAGGGUCGCCUCCUUCCUGAGAUGAUCCUGAUCUGCCAGAACCUCCGCAACAAUCUCCAGCACCCCAACGAGUACAUCCGCGGUGUUACGCUUCGGUUUCUCUGCCGGCUCACGGAGGCAGAGAUCAUUGAGCCGCUGGUGCCUUCGGUGUUGUCGAAUCUCGAGCACCGGCAUCCUUUUGUUCGGCGCCAUGCUGUGCUUGCUGUGAUGUCGAUCUAUAAACUUCCCCAGGGUGAGCAGCUUCUUGCUGAUGCACCGGAGCUCAUCGAGAAGCUACUCAGCACUGAGCAGGAUCCAUCUGCCAAGCGCAAUGCUUUCCUGAUGCUCUUCAAUUGUGCACAGGAGCGGGCGGUGAAUUAUUUGUUGACGAAUGCUGAUGCGGUGCCUGGGUGGGGUGAGCUUAUGCAGAUGGUCGCUCUGGAUCUGAUCCGCAAGGUCUGUCGAUCUAGUCGUGGAGAGAAGGGAAAGUACAUCAAGAUUAUCAUUGAUUUGCUGGUUGCCCCCUCUGCUGCUGUUGUGUAUGAGUGCGCAGGAGCCCUUGUUUCCCUCUCCUCGGCUCCCACUGCCAUUCGUGCAGCUGCCAAUACCUACUGCCAGCUACUGCAAUCACAGAGUGAUAACAACGUGAAACUCAUUGUGCUUGAUAGGAUAAAUGAGCUGAAGAUCUCUCAUAGGGAGAUCAUGGUGGAUAUGAUUAUGGAUAUAUUGAGGGCUCUUUCAAGCCCCAAUCUUGACAUCAGAAGGAAGACAAUUGAUAUUGCAUUGGAGUUGAUCACCCCCAGGAAUAUAGAUGAGGUGGUGCUUACUUUGAAGAAAGAGGUAGUGAAGACACAGAGCGGGGAGCUUGAGAAGAAUGGGGAGUAUCGACAAAUGCUUGUGCAGGCCAUACACUCAUGCGCUAUCAAGUUCCCAGAGGUUGCAAGCACGGUUGUUCAUCUCUUGAUGGACUUCCUUGGUGACAGCAAUGUGGCUUCUGCCAUUGAUGUUGUGCUGUUUGUGAGAGAGAUUAUUGAAACAAAUCCGAAACUCCGAGUGUCAAUUAUUACUCGGUUAUUGGACACAUUUUAUCAAAUCCGAGCUGCCAGGGUUUGCUCCUGUGCCCUUUGGAUUAUAGGGGAGUAUUGCCUUUCAGUGUCUGAAUUGGAGAGUGGGAUUGCAACUAUUAAGCAGUGCCUUGGCGAACUCCCAUUCUACACAAUCGCUGAGGAGGGAGAGGCCACUGAUGCUGCUAAGAAGCAGCAGCAGGCAAACUCAUCCGUAACUGUCUCAUCCAGAAGGCCUGCAGUUCUGGCUGAUGGGACUUAUGCUACCCAGAGUGCGGCUUCAGAAACUGCUAUUUCUGCCCCCACACUUGUUCCUGGAACCCUGGCUUCACCUGGGAAUUUAAGGUCAUUAAUUCUUGCGGGAGAUUUCUUCUUGGGUGCAGUUGUUGCUUGUACUCUUACCAAAUUGGUUCUCAGAUUGGAAGAGGUCCAGCCUUCAAAGGUGGAAGCCAACAAGGCCUGCACUGAUGCCUUGCUAAUCAUGGUUGCUAUGUUGCAAUUGGGCCAGUCUUCUUAUAUGCCCCAUCCUAUUGACAAUGAUUCUCUUGAUAGGAUUGUGCUCUGUGUUAGACUGCUUUGCAACACUGGAGAUGAUGUUCGGAAGAUUUGGUUACAGUCAUGCCGUCAGAGUUUUGCAAAGAUGCUUGCGGAGAAGCAGUUCAGAGAAACAGAGGAGAUUAAGGCGAAGGCACAAAUAUCACAUGCACAACCUGAUGAUCUUAUUGAUUUCUACCAUCUCAAGAGUAGGAAGGGUAUGAGCCAGCUUGAAUUGGAAGAUGAGGUUCAAGACGAUCUAAAACGGGCAACUGGUGAAUUCACUAAGGAUGGUGAUGAUGCAAAUAAACUGAACCGUAUUCUUCAACUGACAGGAUUCAGUGAUCCUGUUUAUGCUGAAGCUUAUGUGACUGUCCAUCAUUAUGACAUUGUUCUUGAUGUUACUGUUAUCAACCGCACAAAGGAGACACUACAGAAUUUAUGCUUGGAAUUAGCAACAAUGGGUGAUCUCAAACUUGUUGAACGGCCACAAAACUAUACUAUAGCACCAGAAUCAAGCAAGCAAAUUCGAGCCAAUAUUAAGGUCUCCUCCACUGAAACUGGAGUCAUAUUUGGUAACAUCGUGUAUGAGACUUCAAAUGUGCUUGAAAGAAACGUUGUUGUCCUCAAUGACAUCCACAUUGACAUCAUGGACUACAUAUCUCCUGCCACAUGUGCUGAUGUGGCAUUCCGAAAUAUGUGGGCAGAAUUUGAGUGGGAAAAUAAGGUGGCUGUUAACACUGUAAUUCAGGACGAGAAGGAAUUUUUGAACCACAUCAUUAAAUCAACCAACAUGAAGUGCCUCACUCCUCCAUCCGCGUUAGAUGGGGAAUGUGGAUUUCUGGCAGCCAAUCUGUAUGCGAAGAGUGUAUUUGGCGAGGAUGCCCUGGUGAACAUCAGUAUUGAGAAGCAGUCUGAUGGGAAACUCAGCGGCUAUAUUAGAAUCCGGAGCAAAACUCAAGGGAUUGCCCUCAGCUUAGGAGAUAAGAUCACUCUCAAACAAAAGGGCAGCAGCAGCUAGCUGAAUAAAAGAACAACCUUCCUAUUAGUUAACAGCGCCAAUCCCGCAAUUUCAUCAUCUUCUUCUUUCCCUAGAGUUUGUCAUUUUGGACGUAAUUUUGUAGUUAUUAUUCUGUUUUGAGUUGCUCUUGAGUUUAUUUGCACUCUCUCCAGCUCUACAUUUGUUACUCAUUUUGGUUUGUUGGUAGUACAAGUUCGAUAUGGAAAGACUGAAAAGACUGUAUUUGUUGUUUUAUUCCAAAUUCAAUAUGCAAAUUAUGUA